AUGCCUGUGAAGUACGAACACGACGGGUGGUGCUUCGAACCCACGUGGGACCCGCUGGGCGGAGUGGACGCUGAGCUACCGUCGGAGCUGGGCUCUGGCGCGUGGGACCAGGGCCAGUACUGGCCCUUGCAACGGCCGCUCCAGCAGCCGCUCCAGCAGCCGCUCCAGCAACAGCUCCAGCAACAGCUCCAGCCAGACUUGGUGGUACGAGACACGUUGAGCCACGCCUGGGCUGGCAGCAGCAGCAGCAGCGGCGGCGGCGGCUGCGGCGGCGCCGUGGAUGCAAUGGGGAUGUCUGGGUUCACGCACGUGACCCCGCACCAGCGCGGCGCGGCGUCGUCCGAGGGCACAGACUUCUCGAGCUUUUUCGACCUCGGCAGCGCGCUCGCCGCGGACGCGGCCACGUGCGGCGCGGCGUCGUCGGGCCUGUCGUCCGCGACGGCGUCGUCGUUCAUGACCUCGCCGGAGCCGGACGCGGAGCUCGACGCGUGGCACUCGGCGUCGUCCGUGGAGACGUCGCCCUGGACGGGCCACCACUUCCAGUGGUCCGCCAAGCCCGAGCAGCUCCCUCCGCGGCCCCACGUGACCCCGCUCUUCGCGCCUGCAUCCGCACACCAUACCACCUCGCACCGUCGCAUGUCCGCCAAGGCCCCAUCGUGCGCCUCUUCCUCGUCGUCCGCGGUGGGUCGCAACGCGCGCUCCCGCUCCUGGAGUGCCGCGGCCACCGCGGCCACUGCCGUCAGAACCGCCCGUUCCGCCUCCACAACGAACCCGCCUCUGUACAAAUACGUGGCUCACGCGCAAAUGGCCAUGCAGCACGGCCAGCCCAAGAACGCGCUGGAAAACCAGCAUUCUUGGGUUCAAAUCGCCCGCAUCACCCCAGAGCGUCGUGCUCUGGUGUCCCAACGGCUCGCAGACAAAAAGGCCACCCAGCCAGCUGUGCAAUCAGUCGGUUCUGCGCACGAUGUCGUUGCGGAGGUGCUGGAUUUGUUUGGCCAGAGCAGCGUAUGUGCCAAGAUAGCUAUAUUGGCCCGCGAACACACCAAUUUUGCCCUCCGCCAUAACGAGUGCAUCGACCAAGCGGAGACUGAUGCCUUACAACGUCGUGAUCUCGACGCUGUCAACAGCACCUUGUGGCUGAACCAGAGUACGCCCAGAAACCCGGUGCGCCAGUCCAAACAGUUUCCUCGACUCACUGUGUACGACUGUGACGCCGGCGCUCUAAUGGCCGCAGACCCCAGUCACGUACCAGGGCUCUUGGCCGUUGAAGUGCGCACCAGCAGUGGGUACAACGAUUUCACGUCCUCGUCCACCGAGGGCUCGGCCUUGUCGGAGUUCGACUGCGAUCUGUUACAAUUGCGCCACAUGUCCCUGCUACGUGAGAGCGACGACCGUCGGCGUAAAAACAAGUACUACGAGUUCAUUGAGGGAAAGAUGAAGCGGCCACUUAAUAGCUUUAUGCUCUAUCGUUCUGCCUUGAUGAAGGCCGUGGCCAUUCUUAAAGUGUGCAAUGUGGUCACUCAAACUUGUGACACUCUUGCCUUGCAAUUCCCGCAACUCACGGAAGCGCAGCUGCUGUCCGUGAUUCGCAGCGUGGUAGACAACGAUGACUCGCUUCCUUCAGACCUCCCCGUCGAGGUCCAACGCAGUGCCGUGCGCCAGGCUAUCGAUGCCACCAUGUACGAGCGCACAGACAGUCGGUCCGCGCCAUUAAAACCCGUUGACCCCAAAUUCGCCAACCAAACCGAGGUUGCCCAAGUUAUCACGCUAAUGUGGAAUAGCGAGCCUCAAGAUUUCAAACAACGGUUUGUGGGAUUUUCACACGUCGAAAAACAACACCACCAUCAAGUUUAUCCAAAGUACAAAUACUGUCCUGUGAAAAAGGAACGUCCCACUUAA